CCAGUUAAACAGUAAAAAAAAUUAAUGGCCUACUUAAUAGGCGGGUUAUGUAACUGGUAUUGUAUUGUACAUGAGUGUCACUGUCGCGCGGAGCACUUUGGCGGCGGGAAUUGCUUAAUCACCCGGGCACGGCCUGACAGGAACUAAACUUGACAUUGAGUAUAUAAGCCGCGCGACACCGCGGUGAACAAUCAUCACUCCAGUUGCCUGAGCAGUUUCAACUCGAGCCACAGUUACCGGCCUUUAUAUUCCUCAACUGCCCCUAACCCAAACCAACCAUGCAGGCUAUCCUCCUCUUCGCUCUCGUGGCUGCCGCCUCCGCUGCCAGCGUCAAAGUCCAGAACCCCAUCGUCUGGUCCGCCCUGGAUAACCUCCGCGGCCGCACCCGCCUGACCAUCCCCGACCAGUACAACCUGAUCGCCACCGCCCGCGCCGGCCAGGACUACCCCAACAACGUCGUCAUCCCGCAGAGCGACUUCGACUGCACCAAGACCCACCAGCCCGGUUUCUAUGCCGAUAACUCCCCGCAGUCCCGCUGCCAAGUCUUCCACCGAUGCGACAUCAACGGCAACCAGACCUCGUAUCUGUGCCCCAACAUGACUGUGUUCAACCAGAUCACCCUGGUCUGCAACUGGUGGUUCGAUGUUGAUUGCAGCAAGGCCACCACUUUCUAUGACUACUCCAACAGCCGUCUGUACCAGGGCAUCAGCGUGCCCCUGCUGGAUGACAACACCGUCCGUGCCGUCACUGGCGCCGUUGCCUCUGGCCGUGCCAACGCUGGUCAGGCCCCCGCCCCCGAAGCUGAAGCCGAAGCCGCUCCCGCUGAAGGUGAGGCUCCUGCUGCUGCCGAAUAAAUUCUCAGGAUCCAUCCGAAGAGAACAAAGAUAGCACAAGGGACAAUGAUACUAUUAAGAACUUAAAAGAUCGACAACGCAUUAUUUCGUAAAUGCUUUGCUCAAUAAUGCAUUUUUGUAUCGUCGAAAAGACCGUUUUGGGGAUGCUCGGCUUGGAUGUUGGUAAUCCAGCUGCUGCAAAAAAAUAAAAAAUGGGAAUACUG